AGAAGCAGAACAACCAGCACGGGGAAGGUACGGAUGAAAUUAGGAAGUUAGUAGUUGAAGGAAAAAAACUAAUAUUUUUCAUCAUUCAAAUAUGGUUCGCCCCGACGACUACGAUUACCUCUUCAAGAUCGUUCUGAUCGGGGACAGUGGCGUGGGGAAAAGCAAUCUACUCACCCGCUUUACCCGGGAUGAGUUCAACCUGGAAAGCAAAUCCACGAUUGGCGUCGAGUUUGCGACCAAGUCCCUCCUGGUUCAAGAUCCAGACUCGGGCCAGGACGUCGUGCUCAAAGCACAGGUACGGCGCUCUUGCUCAUCAUUUUCGUCCGGGGGUUUAUUUUGAGGAUAUGAUUUAUAGGAACCUGAAUUGUGAUGGAACUUGGUGUUUUUUUGUUGACACUGUCACUGACUCGUCCGCAACAGCUAAUGGUAAAAAUGACUGGACAUAUCAGGUCUGGGACACGGCGGGGCAAGAGCGGUACCGCGCCAUCACGAGCGCAUACUACCGCGGGGCGGUCGGCGCGUUGGUGGUCUGCGAUGUGACAAAGGCCCAGUCCUGGAAUAGUCUGAAGGAGAAUUGGAUUUCUAUCCAGUGCAAAAGUAUCUUCGCGCUCGUAUGUUAGGCAUGAGUUGCACUUGUGCACGACAAAUUCGCUAUGAAUCUGCAUGAGGACGAAAAGUAAGCUUCAAUUUUCCAUCCUCGUAGCAAAUUUAUACUUCUCCGCAAUUUCUGCAAUUCAUAGAUACCAGCUCGAUCCGACAGCUUUUGCAAUUGCAUAAGUUCGGAACUGCAGCAGCACAGCGACCCCAGCAUAUCCCUUCUGCUCGUCGGGAACAAAACGGACUUGGUGAAUCUGCGGCAAGUGAAGUCGGAGGAUAUCAGCAGCUACGCGGAAGAAAACGGGUUCAAGUCAAUAGAAACCUCCGCCCUGGACAACACGAACGUGGAGGCGGCGUUUCGACAAAUUUUGACCGACGUGUACGCGAAAAUGCUGGAAAUGCAGAAGAACAACGUGCAGGCCAACGGCGGGGGAGGGAAUGGCGGCCCGACCUCCGCGGGUCUGGCGCCGAACAGCAUCCACCUGGAUCAGAGAAGUAACUCGCCUAGUAGAACCGGGAGAGGAUGUUGCGGGUAGGUAAUAGGGCUGCAGCGUCGUAGAUCGAUAUUAUACCUACACUGAUGUUGGAGAUCAGCAUGGGCAGAUUUUUUGAAUUUCACUGUAUCGGAUUUAUUGUCAGGAAAAAUGAAUAUUGCAGCCCUCACCGCGCCGGCAACGAAGAUGUGUCUCAUGAGGCGGUACCAAAAA